AUGGGAAUUCUCUCCUGGUUUCUCCCUAAUGGGAGGGUGUCCUUCCAUCAUGCUGGGAAAUCUGUCAUCUUAAAACGAAAACCACAGAAGAAAGGCCCUGGAGUGGACGAGUCGAAAUACAUCUCCCUUGCUGACCUCUGCAAAUCUGCUACACCCGCUGACUGCCAGCUAAAUCCUUUCUUGUUUAAUGGGCAUUUGCAGACGGCAUGGACCCUUAUGAGAACAGAUGAUAUUCCGGUUUACUACAAGCGAUGGCGGUUUGAAGGGGACAGCCCCGACUAUCGCGGGAGCUUUGAAGUGGAUUUUGUUGUUCCGCCUUACGACGUCAAUAAGACAAGCAGUUCCCUUACUUCUGAGCAGUCUGAUAAUGGCACGUUUGAAUCUUCUACUCCACCAGACUCAACACACCCAUCUCCCCGCACAAGCUUCUUUACAAAGGAGGAAUUCUCAGCCCUCCCGUCUGACGAUAAGAAGCCCAUGCUUGUUGUCUUACAUGGCUUGUCCGGUGGAUCACACGAACCAUACCUACGAAAUAUAGUCGAUCCGCUCCACAAGCAAGGCUGGGAAGUAUGUGUUGUUAACUUCCGAGGAUGUGCAAAUUCCAAGGUUACAAGUUCGAUAUUAUACAAUGCGCGCGCAACUUGGGAUGUUCGACAGACCGUACGCUGGUUACGAAAGAACUUCCCUUUCCGCCCUUUAUUUGGAAUUGGAUUCUCACUGGGCGCAAAUAUCCUGACAAACUAUGUUGGAGAGGAAGGCGAGGAUUGCCAGUUAAAGGCGGCAGUCGUCUGCUCAAAUCCCUGGAAUCUUGAAGUUAGUUCCCUGGCAUUGCAAAGGACCUGGGUGGGAUUGCAGAUAUAUUCUAAAACUAUGGGGGCGAGUAUGAGGCGGCUCUUUGAACAACAUGUUGACAAGUUACGGGAGCACCCUCGAGUCAAUGUUGAACGAGUCCGGAAAACCACCUAUCUUCACGAGUUUGAUAGAGAAUUACAAGCGCCUGUUUGGGGUUAUCCCACUGAAACUGCUUACUAUCGCGAUGCUUCCUCCAUCGACUCACUGUUCGCAGUAAAGAUCCCUCUUUUUGCCAUCCAGGCGGAAGAUGACGCGAUUUCCUCAAAAGAAGCACUACCAUACCUUGAGAUGACCAAGACCCCGUACGCAGUAAUGUGUACUACUUCCUGGGGAGGUCAUCUAAGCUGGUUUGAGUACGGAGGAGGAAGAUGGUUCACCAAACCUGUUGUCAAUUUUCUCAAUAAAAUGGUAUCUGAAAUCGACCUUGAUGCUCCACUGACAGUAGUGGAGGAGGAGAUGGAGAGCAAGAGUAACUUGAACCCUGCGGCAUCUCCUGAAAGAGUUGAUGGUCCCCAUCCGGACUUCACGCCCAUGAGGCGGAAAUUGCAUAUGCCCAUCCCGGACGGCAGAGAAUAA